AUGCAAUUCAUCACGAUAUGGGCAGCCCUAGCUGCAGUAGCUCUCUCAGCUGCUGUCAAACCCCAUGCGACACCCGACGACGACAACACAACCCAGCUUCCACUCAUAAUCUGGCACGGACUAGGCGACGACUUUGAGCGCGAUGGCAUGAAGGCGGUAGCCUUACUGGCCGAAUCAGUCAAUCCAGGCACAUACGUGCACAUCAUCAGACUAGCAGACACAGGCAGCGGCGAUCGCCAAGCCACUUUCUUCGGAAACGUCACCGAGCAAAUCGAAACCGUAUGCCAACAACUUGCCUCGGAUCCAAUCCUCAGCUCCGCGCCUGCCGUCAACGCCCUCGGCUUUUCACAAGGAGGACAGUUCCUGCGCGGGUACAUCGAGCGCUGCAAUAACCCACCCGUCCGUAACCUAGUCACGUUCGGCAGCCAACACAACGGAAUUUCCGAGUUCCAAUCCUGCUCGCUGGGCGACUGGCUAUGUAAAGGUGCAGAAGCGCUGCUUCGAUCCGGACGCUGGACGGACUUUGCACAGUCGCACGUCGUGCCGGCACAAUACUUCCGUGAUCCAACCGAGUUGGACGCGUACUUGGAGAAGAGCAAUUUCCUGGCUGAUAUCAACAACGAGCGCGUGUUGAAGAAUGUCACGUACAAGAAACAUCUGCAAUCUUUGAACAUGUUUGCCAUGUUCAUGUUCGAUGAGGAUACCGUUGCUGUGCCGAAGGAGAGUGCCCUGUUUGCGGAGGUCAAUGCUACGGAUGGCACGGUGACUCCAUUGCAGGAGCGGCCGAUUUAUAAGGAAGAUUGGCUGGGUCUGAAGAAGUUGGAUGACCAGGGCAAAUUACAUUUCAAGUCUGCUCCUGGUCAACACAUGGAGUUGACGGAAGUCUUGCUUAAUAAGACCUUCAAGGAGUAUUUCGGUCCGUCUCUGAACGAGGAGGAGUCUACUUCGCUUCCACGACUUAUUGCUCAGCCGGGUUACUGA